UCUCAUUGGCCCCACCUGUGCUCGGCCUCGGCCCGCAACAUUGAUAAUCCGGACCCGCUAAAAAAUAAUCGUCCAACAGAGCUUGCCCGUACUACGAGGAGGGCCAGCUUUCCAACCUCGCGAAUUCCCACUUACAAAAUCCCGAGUACGAUCGCGACCAUGUUCUCGGUCCCUGGCUGGAAUAUUUCCACGAGUAUCGCUACUCAGGCCGAGAAACCGAAGCCUCUAGAUCCGUCCAAGGAAGGCAAAAAAGCAAAGAAGAGAAGGCAGAAGCAUGAGGACCAGAUUAAUGAGGGAGAUCUAGGAGAUUACUUUAACAAGAUUUCCAGUGGAGUGGAUACACAAGAUGCCCAGGGGGUGGUGAAUGCGAAAGGACCGGAGGCGAACGGGUCUCCAGCUCCUAUAGGCGAAGAGAGUCAGGAAAAGAGAGGAAAGAAGAGGAAGAGGAAGAAUAACAAGGCUGCGAAAGAAGAAGGCAAGGGUGAAGAGAGCGCCGGAGCUACGAACAAUGAGUUACCAGUGCCAGCGGAGUCACCUGUGGCAGACUCAACUACGCCGAGAGCGGGCGAAACCAAGCGCGACAAGAAGAAACAAAAGAAAGACCCCAAGCCUACCGAUUCUCAAACACAAAAUGCGUCUACUUCGAACGAGAUUUCCAAAGCCCCCGCGCCGGUGUCUCUCCUGCCUCCAGAGCCCAAAGGACUCACACCUCUUCAGAAGUCUAUGCGCCUCAAACUUGCCAGCGCGCGUUUCCGUCACCUCAACGAAGCUCUCUACACAAAGCCAUCGGACGAGUCUCUCUCUCUUUUCAAAGAAGAUCCAACCAUGUUCGAAGACUAUCACCGAGGUUUCGCGCAACAAGUAGAAGUCUGGCCUGAGAAUCCUGUGGACAGCUACGUCAAUACAAUCAUUGCCCGCGGAAAGCUCCGCACAAAAGAUCCCUGGAAAGACAAGAAGCGCAAGGAGAAGAAAGGAAAAUCAAAUCCUGGCGAAGCAAUAGACUCAACACCUAGCAGCGCAUUAGAAUCUAGUCUCAAGCCUCUUCCCCGAAACUUGAAAUCACAAGCGACCAUCGCAGAUCUGGGCUGUGGAACGGCGUCCCUAUCCCACCGUCUCCAACCUCACCUGAAGUCUCUCAACAUGACCCUCCACUCCUUUGACUUAUCCAAACCCACGGGCCCCUCUGCUCCUCUCGUCACAGUCGCAGACAUCUCCGCGCUCCCCCUUCCCGACAACUCUGUCGACGUUGCCAUCUUCUGCCUCGCGCUCAUGGGCACCAAUUGGCUCGACUUUAUCGACGAAGCAUGGCGCAUCCUACGCUGGAAAGGCGAGCUCUGGGUUGCAGAAAUCAAAUCCCGCUUCGGGCGCGUAGAGCGCCGCAAAGCAGGCCAAGCCCCAAUCAACUCCAUCGGAAGCCUCCGCAAAUCUGGCCCCAAACCACCGGCGAAAUCGCGCAAAGGAAAAGAGAAGCCAGAGGAGGAAGGUAUUCAGGGAUCCGACGACGAGAAAGAGCUUGCGCAUAUUGUCGAUGGUCAGGACGGGCAGGAGGGCACAGAUGUUUCUUCAUUUGUGGCGGUGCUAGAGAAGCAUGGGUUCGUGUUGGAUGCGCUUCCUGAGCGCCAGUCUGAUGCUAUUGACCUCUCCAACAAGAUGUUUGUCAAGUUGCAGUUUGUGAAGGGGGUUUCUCCGGCGAAGGGGAAGAACGCCAAGAAAGAAGGCGCCGCUUUUAACACUUUCAAUAAAAAUAGUGGAGGUGGUGCAUUGAGGAUGGGGAUCAAGGGGAAGAAGUUCACGGCUGUCUCGAAUGGCGAUGAUGAUGGAGGCGAUGAGGUGGAUGCGAAGACGCUGAAGCCGUGUUUGUAUAAAAUCAGAUAG